GUCUUGGUCAUGGUGUGGGAUGGGACUCUUGUUAACAGGACAGCGCGGCAGGCCGUCGCCGGGCAGAGCAGUCUGAAGAGGAGUCGCGUUGUUCUCGGGGCCUAUACUUCCGUCAUUUUAUAUCUCACUGGACAAACACAGAGGACACACGUCUGCAUGUGAGACCGUAGUAAUACCACUCGUGAUUCUGCCGGAUAAAUCAAUCUGUGCCCUGCUGAAGCUCGGGGAAACUUGUUUCGUGCGGACAGCAGCCUGGAUCUCACCCUGAAACAGGCAGACGUCAGAGACCUCGCCUGCUCGUUGCUGCUGCCGCCGCUACCGCUGCUGCUGCUUAAUUUUUAUCUAAUCACAGCAUUGUUUGAGGGAUUACACCGCUGCCACAUGCACUAUGUAGCGCAGUGAAUGGCAUGCUGCUGGUAGCUGUUAGACGUUUAUCGGCUUUUUAGUUUUAAACACCGUGCCUUGGCGGAAAGGAGAGGAUUUCGUUUUAUUUAAGGUCAAAGUGACGAUGAAUGAGCAGGAGAGUGGGGUAGUUUCCUUUGAUGAAUAUGUGCGGCAGAAGGCCCGCACUGUGCCUCAGCACAGGAUGAAGGAGUUCCUGGAGUGUCUUGCCAAGGGCCCAGAGGUGCUGCAGGAGUUCAGCCAGCAGGGAGGGGCAGCCACCACCACAGCCAUGGUGUAUCAGCAGCAGGGUACCAACUGUGUCUACACAGACAGCACCGAGGUGGCUGGAUCGCUCUUAGAGCUGGCCUGCCCAGUACAGGUGACUUCUGCGGAGAUUUCACCUCAACUGUCUGUGCACCAGGGGUCUGAACAGCAGCUUCAAGUGCAGGUUCAGAUCCAGGAACAGCAGGGCCAAACAGUUGGUCAGGUUCUUCAGGUGGCCUCCCCGUCUCAGCAGGACCUGCAUGGAAUCUCCACAGCCCAGCUCAUCCAGCAGGGAGAGCUCACAGAGGAACAACAACAGCAGAUUCAGGCACAGUUGGUUGCAGCUGUAGCCGGAGGACAACAAAUCCAGUUACAAGGAGCGCAGCAUAUUCAGCUGCCAGGGGGUCAGCAAAUCCAACUCCAGGCUGGACAACAGAUUCAACUACAGGGGGGGCAGCAAAUUCAAUUACAAGGUGGCCAGCAGAUCCAACUGCAGGGUGGACAACAAAUCCAGCUACAAGGAGGCCAACAGAUCCAACUACAGGGUGGACAACAAAUUCAGCUACAGGGUGGCCAGCAAAUCCAGAUCCAGACCAUAGAGGCCAUGUCUCCUUCCCAGCAACAGGACUCUCCCAGGGAGGCAGAGAGGAGGUCCGGCACUGUCUCAACUGUUCUCCAACCUGCCAAGAAGCGUAAGGUGGAUGUCCCCCUAGCUGUUUCCUACGCUGUUCCACAGGGUCAGCAGGUGGCCACAGUUCUGGCCAUCCCACAAGGGCAGCAGCAAAGCUACGUGUCCCUACGGCCAGAUUUGCUCACAGUCGACAGCGGUCAGUUGUACAGCACUACAGGAACAAUCACAGGUCCCACGGGUGAGACCUGGACCAUCCCUGUGUACUCCACUCCACAACAGCAGGGUGUAACUCACAUCGCCAUACCACAGGAGUCAUACAGCACAGUGCAAGUCACCACCACCAACGGUAAGGACAAAAUGUCCCCCAGCUCCUCGUCACGGUCUGCAGAUGUGCAGAUGGCCUCCACCGGGACUCAGGAAGAAAUAGUGCAGACCCUGUUUCCAGCGCAGUUCAUGAACGGGAACAUUCACAUCCCUGUGGCAGUGCAGACUGUGGGAGGAACUUAUAACACUACACAGUCGGUACACAUAUGGGACCCAAAUCAACAGCAGAGCCAAGGAGAAGAGGGACAAGAACAGCAGCUCCAUCUGCAGGGGCAAGUAGAGACAGAGGCUCAAGCUGAGCCGCCUACAGAGAUUCUGGUUCCUGUCUGUCUAAAGCCAGAGGAGGGCCUGGAGGUCUGGCGUCUGUGGGUGAAGCGAAAAAACGCAGAGCUAAACAAGCAGGAGAAGACAAAGCUUGCACCCAUAGGACGUCGUCAGCCCCUGCGUUUUCAAGAGGACUUGGUGUCCAGUGCUGUAGCUGAGCUAAGCCUGGGUCUGUCCCUGAUGACACAGGAGGCACGUGGCUCUGAGGAAGAGCAGUUUGCUCCUGAUGUUCUGUAUUAUGUCUUCUUGUGUAUACAAAAGUAUCUCACUGAAAAUGGACGUGUGGAUGACAUUUUCUCUGAUCCAUAUUACACACGUUUCUGUGGGUCUUUACACAACAUCCUGGAUGGUUGGAAACCCAGUGUCCAUCCAUUAGGUUACAUCAUUCCAAGUCAUGUGACAGAGGAAAUGCUGUGGGAGUGUAAACAGCUUGGUGCACAUUCACCAGCCACACUGCUCACAACUCUAAUGUACUUCAAUACCAAGUAUUUCCGCCUGAUAACACCUGAACAGCACAUGAAAGUAGCUUUCUCUAAGGUCCUAAGACACACGAGGAAGAACCCUACUAAUGCCAAGGACAAAGCAACCAGUAUCCGCCUUCUCAAAGGACAAGGUCCACACAGUGCCGCGCAGAAAGGAACUGAUGACAUGUAUGAAGAACAGGUCGAGGAUCCAGAGAAUCCUCUUCGUUGUCCCAUUAAACUUUACGACUUUUACCUCUUCAAAUGCCCUCAAAGCGUUAAAGGACGUAACGAUGCAUACUACAUGACUCCAGAGCCUGUCGUCGCGCCCAACAGUCCGAUGUGGUACUCAUCACAACCCCUCACGAGUCAGCAAGUGGAGCACAUGCUGGCUCGCAUCAUCGUGGUCCGAGAGAUCCAGGAUAUCAUCAACGCCUGUCCGGAGAACAUGAGCUAAACUGAAGGGACUGGCUGGACUGACGGGAACUAGCUCUCCAGUCGCUGAUUGUUGACUAUGCAGUACCUGUCCUGACUCUAUAAACAUCACUGACCAUCUCAAAUAAAAAUGGAUCAACUUCUGAAACAAUCAUUUUCUUCUUCUGAGGAGUGUAUCAUGAAUGCACUCACAAGAAUUUCUCUUCUUACUGAUUGGGUGGACUGUUCUUUCUACCUACGUAAGCCAUCGCCUCUGUAACCUUUUAAAUUGAAGUUAAGCGAGUCUUCAGUCUCGCCACUGCUGGAUCAUGAUCAAUCUUUCGGGCUCCUGCUCUCUCAGCUGAGCAGAAGUGGUACAUUUUCCUGUAAAAGUCAAGUCUUCUCCAUAUACGAAGAUAUUUAACCCAUCACUUCUUAACCUCACAGACCGGUAACCACGUCUUACUUCUCCCUAAGGUCCCGCUAUGAUACAUGACAUCUUAACGGACAGUUACAGGGACCACUGCUUCAUGACUGUUUUGUAUACUGACUGCAUUUUGGAUCAUGUUAUUGAUAUGUUCAAAACUGAAGAACUUGUGCCUGUUUUUUUUUUUUCCGACUAUGACAUAAUUUAUGCUUGUGGAUCAUUGAGUGAGCCAAACCUCAGACAUUCACAAGAUCAAGUGCUAUAUUGUAGUCAUGCAGGAGGUUGUAAACAUUUUUUCUCAGGUCAAAGUUAUCAAUUGAAACACUCUUCAAGGAUUUUUUGCCAACUUACUCCUGUAUGUAUGUAUGUAUAGUAGGUUAUUAAACAGAAUAUGCAGAUGGAAACAUCUUUGUUUAGCUAAUGCAGUAUUAAUCCUUGUAUCAAGAGUCAUGUCAAGCAGUUCAACAAUGAAAAGUGCUAAGCGCCAUGUUAUCUGUGGGAAUGCAACUCUGUUGACAUUUGAAGUAAGGAUUAGCUGUGGGCCUUUUAAAAAUGACUUCUUACAUCAACAGCAUCCAUAGCUUAGUGGUACCUCUGAGGAAAUUACAUGUAAAUGUGGAUUUACUACAUUGACAAAAAUAGUUAUAAUACAGUUCACUUGUUUAUUACUAAAAUGAGUUGUAUAGCACUGUA